UUUUUUUUUUUUUAUUUUUUAUUAUUAUUAUUAUUCGAAUACCAAUUGACCAACUUGUAUAAAAAAAAAAAACAUUAUUCCAUAUGACGUUUUAUCCUUUUUUACUAGUUUUAUUUUUGACUAGCUCACUUUGUUAUGCUUUACCCGCACUACUGACAAAAACGUUUUCGAGUGUUUUAUACAGUGAAAACACUACAGCCACUCUUUCCUUUAAACAACCUACUUUAUGUGAUCCUACUAUUCUUCAAUAUACUGGUUAUUUAGAUGUUGGUGCUCAUGAACAUUACUUUUUCUGGUUUGUUGAAAGUAAAAAUAAUCCUGAUGAUUCUCCUUUGACUGUAUGGUUAAAUGGUGGUCCUGGUUGUUCCUCUAUGACUGGAUUAUGGGAAGAAAUUGGACCAUGUGGUGUGGAUACAAAUGGUACUAAAGAUCUUUACAAUGAAGUUGGUAGUUGGAAUCAAGUCUCUAAUUUACUAUUUCUGGACCAGCCCGCUGGUGCAGGUUUCUCUUAUGGUGAUAAAAAGGUCGAUUCCACAGAAAAGGCAAAGCUUCGUGCUUAUCAAUUCCUUCAACUCUUUUUUGAAGCUUUUCCAAAAUAUCAAAAAUUAGAUUUUCAUUUAUUUGGUGAAUCUUAUGCAGGACAUUACAUACCAGCUUUUGCCAAUUAUAUAAUUGAACAAAAUCAGUCACCUGUCUCAAAUAAUCAUCAUCAACUUAUAAACUUGAAAUCUAUUGGUAUUGGUAACGGUAUCACUGAUGUUUUAGUACAAGAACAGUAUGCUGAAACUAUGGCUUGUUAUUCUUCAUAUGGAUCUGUUCUUUCUCAAGCUGAUUGUCUUCUCAUUAGACAAAAUUUACCUCAAUUACAAACUUGUAAUGAUUCCGGUACUGUGAAGGAUUGUGAUAAAGCUACUGUCUAUUGUGCAACUAAUGUAGAAGACAUUUAUCUAAGAUCUGGACGAAAUAUAUAUGAUGUUCGUGCCUCUCAAAAUGAUUCUCUUGGUACCAAUUAUGGUUUAUUUUUGAACAAGCGUGAAAUCCGAGAUCUUAUUGGUGCAAGAACUGCUUUCCAUCGCUGUCCUACUGAUAUUCGACGUGCUUUUUAUAGUACUGGAGACUAUGCUCGCAAUUUUGCCCCUCAAGUUGCCGAUUUGCUGAACAAUGGUAUACAAGUGUUAUUAUAUGCUGGCGAUGCUGAUUUCCGAGCAAAUUGGUAUGGCGUUCAUGGUUGGGCUCAAACGUUUGACUUUAACGCAAGUGAACAGUUCCGAUCUCAAACUCUAUCUCCAUGGUUAGUAAAUGGUGUAGAAGCCGGUCAAGUACAAGCUGGUGGCAAUUUGACUUUUGUUCGGGUUUAUCGAGCAGGGCACAAGGCACCAUAUUACCAAAGGGAGAAUUGCUUCCAAAUGUUUUCACAGCAUAUUAAGCAGCUUCCUAUGAAUGGAUAGCUUAGUUUUAUUUAGUUUACGAUUUAUUAUACCUUUUAUUAUAUAUUAUUCCUCAUCAUAUCUUGUUAGUGCGUAUUAAUAUUGAUCAUUCCAAUUAUUUUUACUGUCAAAAUUAUCCACUCUUGUAUAUUGACUUCAUAUCUAUUCUAUUUUAUUUAUUAAAUAUCUUUUCUUUUUUCUUUUAAC